AUGUUCUGGGGUCUCCAGAAGAAGCUGUCCGAUGUCUGGCUUCAGCUUACGGGUAGGACCAGUACCCCUGCUCGCUAUCUCCAAACUCUCGACCCAUCUCAGUCUCUUCGUCAUGCAUCCCCUCGUCCAAACCCCGGGUGGCGCCCGUUCGCCUUGCGCCCGACGUAUCUCUCCAUUCUCGGUCUUCUCAUGCUGACAAUGUUGGCGAUACUUGAGGCACUACGUCGAUAUACCGAUCGCUAUGGGGGACUCGUCUUCUACCAGGAUACCACGAACCUUUCCGACGCCGCCACAUUUGCUUACAACUACGUGCCCAUUAUUGUUUCUCUGAUACUCGUCACAUUGUGGUCUUUCAUCGACUUUGACGUUCUGCGCCUUGAGCCGUAUUUCCAACUUUCUCGCCCGGAGGGUGCUCCAGCCACGACAUUAUUCAUCAAUUACAACUUCGGUCAAUCCUUUCUGACCCCACUGACUUCGGCCAAGAGGGGUCACUGGGUUGUGUUGCUCGUAUCACUUCUCACGGUGUUGAUGCGCAUUUUCCUCCCCGCUCUGCAAAGUGCAGUCUUCGAGUUGAGAGAGAUAAGCGUUUUGAGCGAUGAAACCAUGCGAACCUGGCCGGACCUUGUUGAUAUCACUAGCCAGGCUCGGUGGAUUACCGCACAGGAAAAGAACAAUUGGGAUUCGGUUCUCGCGUCGGAUGGCAGUUUCUUUCAGAGGACUCGCUCUGCCAAGUACGCCGUGGCUCCAGUCGAGAUUCCCACGGAUGACUCCCGCGAAAGCACGGUGUGGACGUUGAACCAGACCAUAUACUGGUCAGAACUUUCCUGCCAGGAUGUCAUGGUGAAUGACAAUAUGGUAGUCACCGCGAACGAGACGACGGACGAACUGCCUAUCAUCUCAUGGAACGUCACGGGGGUCCAACUUCAGCAACCCAAGGACCAGGACCAACAGUGUACCCUGGAUUUUCAAUACAGCAACAUCUUCUUUCCUUCAACCGAUUAUCUUCAGAUUCGCUACUGGGAGCCAGUCUGGACGGACAACGCCUUCCAGUCAUUUACCGCCAACGGCUGCAAUCCAUUUGAUCUCUAUGGCAUACUCAUUGCUGUCAACGCCACGCGCGCCUCAGACAACGACGCGGAUGACAUGUCACUAUCUGGAGUCACAUUCACAUCUUCCGCAACGCUCUUUGCCUGCAGCAUCGACUAUCGCAAGGCUGAGGCACAGCUCAAGCUUCAUGCGAACAGUUCCAUCACCUCUGUGGCCAUGCACCCAGGCACUACCACCCAGUUAACCAAUGAUCAGUUCAACAUUAAUGAGUUCCAGGGCUUCUUGUCCCAUAGAGCCCCUUAUACCAGCGACAUGCUCUUCUUUCGGAUCAACGAGACCAGUGGCGAACGCACAGUGACGGAGUUGCCAGUCAUCAGUCAAGAAAUAGGUGAUUUGGAACCCGUCGUGGUACUGGACUCAUCAGAGGUCAUGACGAAAGAGGAGUUCGAAUCCAAGGUUACGCGAGGCGUCAAACAGACAUUUGUACUUACCAUGGGUCGACUCUUCAAUCUUGACGAAGCCCCGGCCGUCGUACCGGCGACACGGCUCACCCGACAAGUCACGAUCGCUGUGGUCGAUUUCGCAGCUUUAUGGUCCGAGGUCAUUCUUGGACUGGGCGUCGUCAUCACUGUGGGGUUGUUAUAUGUGUACAAAAACCGAGAUAACGUACUUCAAAGCGACCCUUGCUCCGUUGCAGCCAUGUGUAGCAUCGUGACAGACCUGUUCGGACCCUCCAACAUCCUCGCAGAUCCUCGGUUUGACUUUCAUCAGUAUUCCACGCGCCAACUCCGUCGGCUUCUUCGAAAUUGUUGGUUGCGCUGGGAACCUGGCCCGGGCCCGGAUGGGAGACGCCUCGCGAUCGUUACCUCCGACGGCUCUCCGAUUCAGUUGGACGACCAGAUGCGCAAGCGCGCCGAUCCUAUGCCACACUUUCUCGUUAUCCCUUUCUUCAUCAUCGAAUUCCUCCUGCUCGCCGCGGUUAUCACAGCCAUGAGCUUAGUGAUUGCUUCACUGACGAGGGAUGGCAAGUUUCGACAUCUUACGCAGUCCGACUCGAGCUUCUUUCAAGUGAUUCUGUCAGUUCUACCGUCCAUGGUUGCUUCAGCCGUGGGUUCUCUCUGCACCUCCAUCCACCGCAAUAUCAGUAUCCUUGAACCUUGGGUGCAGCUUCAGCGUGGUAGGGCUACGGCCCAGGCUUCCUUGUCAAUGAACUACUCCUCGCAGACGCCAUUGGCAGUGUUGGUGAAAGCGGUUCAAAAUCGGCACAUUUUGUUGCUCCUGAUAUCUGUGGCGUGUGUCGCCAACACGGUUCUUACGGUCGUUGCCGGUGGCUUAUUCACACAACAGAUGACUAGCUCCUCUCUUCCUACGUCGUCACUGGUCACAAACUAUAGCAAUUCUGUUUUUAAGCAAACAGAUUUUGCGGCGGACUUUACUGAAUAUGAUAUCAUACAGACAAGUAUCACCACAGGAGUGUCGAUGCUCCCCUGGACGAGUGCCAACCACUCUUUUGUUCCCGUUGCGAUCAAGCAUCCGGAUCCUGAUGCACUGUACGGGGCCAACACGUUGGGCAUCGGAGCGGACCUGACAUGUCAAGAGUUGUCGAUCGCCGAUAGUCUGGUUGAGAAUCCUCAGAAUGGAUCUGCUUAUUGGGUGUAUCAGACAUUUGAUGAUCCCGAUACGCACUGUAAAGUCGACAUGACCCCGCUGCAGCAUCCGCAUGAGGAUGUUACACUUUCCAUUCACUUUUUGUCUCCUGUGGCUACCGAAGAGGAAACUUAUGAUUGCCAAACAUCCACCGUGGUGGUGCUGGGUCGGUGGAAUUACACAGCCGGAUCGGCCGUCACCAGACACAACACUAUUGCCCUGCAUUGCGAACCAAGAAUACGGUUGGAGAACUACUCGAUCAUUUUCGAUACGAAAGGCCAAAUCCAAGACUUGAGUCCGAUUGCCGGUACAAGUAUGACAUCUGGCCCCAUGUACGACAAUGCGACCGUCAGCUUGGGACAAUUCAACAAGGUCUUUGCUGCCAUUCCGCAGAGCUACAUCAGCAAUUCGACUUAUGAUCGUCAAACAUACAUCACGUCGUACGACUGGGCUGGUUUCCUAGUUGCACGUUUGUACAGGCGUCGAAAGCCGGAAUUUACUACCCUCAAUCCCCAUGACCUGAUGAAGAUGUCCAAAAUCGUAUAUCAGUGGGUUUAUAGCACUUACUUUACUAUCUGGAGGGAGAUUUACCUCCAACCGCUGGACAAGCCAUACGCCGCUCCGAACUCGACGGUGAUCUACAAUACGUGGACUAUGGUACCGUCCGGCCCUUCUCUAGCCAUCGCCUUGGUGGUCAUCGCCCUCGAUACCUUGAUCGUCCUCAUUGUCUUUGGCGCGCGCCGAGGCCGCUUCAAGGGCCCGCGCGUGCCCCGAUCCAUUGGCUCAGUAAUGCCCUGGAUUGCGCACAGUCGCAUGCUCGACGAUUUCCGUGGCACCUAUUUUUGGACAAGCGUCCAGAGACGGAACCACCUCGAUCGACUGAACAAACGGUAUGGGUUCCGCAUGUUCCUCAAUGCGGAUGGUCACUGGCGCUAUGCGGUGGACGAGGAACCGACAGAGGACAAAUGCGCCACAGGGGAAGGCGAGGAUGGGCUCAAGAUGUCGGGCGCUAUCCAGCUGCGCGAAUUGUCGACGAGCUCGCAAGCAAGUCCAGAGGCAACACGCCCUGAGGCGACGGACCCGACGACCCGGGAGGUCGAUCGGCAGGAAUGA